AUGUGGCAGUACUGGGUGAAGGACAGGGAGGACAGGGAGGAGGGGGACUGCGUGUGCGAUGUCUGCAGCUGUGAUACGACAUUGUGUAAGAGCUCUCCAGUCCACACUCCAUACUGUGAUGGCGCUCCGCUGAGUGAUCUGUCCUGGUCGUCGUCCCUGGCUGUGGUGGCCAUCUCCUUCUCGGGCCUCUUCACCUUCGUCUUCCUCAUGCUGGCCUGCCUCUGCUGCAAGAAGGGCAAAAUCGGCUUCAAGCCUUUGACCUCUUUGUGUAUUUGUGUUUUCCAGGAAUUCAAGAAUGUGGAUGGGGAGGAGUAUCAUGCAGACAUGUCCACCUUGGCCUCGCCGGCCUCCCAGGGCAGCCCGGACGUCUACAUCCUGCCACUCACCGAGGUGUCCCUGCCGGUCGCGAAGCAACCUGCUCGAUCAGUCCAGCUCCUGAAAUCUUCAGAUCUUAGCCGCCAUAGUCUUCUCUACCUGAAAGAGAUUGGAAAUGGCUGGUUCGGGAAGGUUCUGCUGGGGGAGGUGAAUGCAGGUCUAAACACCACCCAAGUGGUGGUUAAGGAACUCAAAGCCAGCGCCAGUGUGCAGGACCAGAUGCAUUUCCUGGAGGAAGCACAGCCUUACCGUACCCUCCAGCACCAUGCUCUGGUGCAGUGUUUGGCCCAAUGCACUGAGGUCACUCCAUACCUGCUGGUGAUGGAGUUUUGUCCACUGGGGGAUGUGAAGGGUUACCUCCGAAGCUGCAGGACCGCAGAAACCAUGACCCCAGAGCCCUUGAUUCUUCAACGGAUGGCUUGUGACAUUGCCUCAGGACUUUUGCACAUGCACAAGCACAACUUCACACACAGUGACCUGGCUUUGAGGAACUGCUUGUUGUCUGCUAAUGUCUCAGUGAAGAUCGGAGAUUAUGGUCUGUCCCACACCAAAUACAAGGAUGAUUAUUAUGUGACAUCAGAUCAGAUGUACGUGCCGCUGCGUUGGAUUGCUCCAGAGCUGGUGGAUGAGGUGCAUGGAAACCUACUUGUGGCUGACCAGACCCAACAGAGCAACAUGUGGUCUCUGGGUGUGACUAUCUGGGAGCUGUUUGAGCUGGGCAACCAGCCCUACAGACACUACUCUGACAGACAAGUACUGACCUAUGCUGUGAGGGAGCAGCAGCUGCGACUGCCCAAGCCGCUGCUUAAAGUGCCCCUGGCUGAGCGCUGGUAUGAGGUGAUGCAGUUCUGCUGGCUCCAGCCUGAUCAGAGACCCAAUGCAGAGGAAGUCCACUUGCUGCUCAGCUAUCUGUGUGCCAAGGGGGCUAGUGAGGCCGAAGAGGACUUUGAGAGGCGAUGGAACUCCCUGCGUCCCAAUACUGGAUUCAACAGUCACCGUGGUGCCUCUGCAAUGUCACGAGACCACCCCUCAUCAACCUCCUCAUCUUUCCCUCUCCUUGAGCAAUUUUCAGCUGGUGAUGGCUACCACUCAGAGUCUGGGGAUGAUAUAUUAACAGUCACUGAGACCAGCCACGGCCUGAACUUUGAGUACAAAUGGGAGCAAGCCAGGGCAGACCAGUUGUACAGAACCCCAGAAUCGUCUAGUACCAUGGGUCAGGUCAACCACCAUUGUCAGGAAGCAUUUUAUCCACCUGGGGGCAUUGUGGGGGGCUGCCCCAUGGAGAGCCUCAGCCAUGGAGUAUCCCCGUCUUACUACCAACCAAAACAUCUGCAUGCUCCAGGCAUACUUCCUGUCCUCAGUGCCCAUAGCCCCUCAGUAAGCAGUGAAUACUACAUCCGCAUUGAAGAGCCAGUAGACUGUAACAUUGAUCCGGAGUAUACCAUGUGCUCCUACAGCCCAGACUACCAGGGCAGCAGUGGAAGCUUUCUCACUGGCAGUGCCGACUCAGGCGAGUGCAUGGCCUGCCCGUCACAGGUAAAGAACAUGGGUCCCUAUUGGUCAGCAGACAUCCACAAGUCAGAUUUGUAUGAUUCCAAUGACUCAAGUCCUGCUAUCUCCUUGACAAUGGAGCCCCUUUUAGGACAAGUUUUGGACAGCAGCCCACUACGACCCUGGGAGUCUAGUCACUAUGUGUCCUAUAAAGACAGAGAUGGGGGUUACUACUAUGAGCACUCACCCCCUUUGGGAAUAGAUCACUAUUUGAUGGGAGGUGAGCUCACCAGUGAGCAUCAUCGGGAAAGCUGGGGGUCAAGGAGCCUGCGUCAGGCCCUGGGUGAGUUGGAGAACCCGCUAGGUAUAUCCCCCUCUGUAACCAGUCCACCUCAACAAGCCUACAGAGACACAUACCUGGACACAACUCAGAGCUCCAUCAUUGGAAAGAAUGUGACAGGGGGCUAUUACGACAUGAUGGGCUCCCUGAGGAAGACUAUGCCCAGCCACACCAGGCACAGCAGUCACAACAGUCACUCAGUCAGUAUCAACAUGGAGACAGAGGGGGCACUCUUCAUCGGGCACAGAGACAGUGAUUCAGAGGAGGAAGAAGAGGACAUAUUUGUUGAGAGACACAACUGCAACACUUGGCCUGCAAAACACCGCCACAGCAGUGUGGGUCACCACAGACGGGCAAGCCACAGCUGCAGACAGGAUGCUUAUGUAGAUUUCCACUACACAAUGCCAAGUACAGAUAUUGAAGAUUCCUGGCCAGAGGAGCAUAGCCUGGCAUUCCAUUCUCUACCCAAACCCAUUGACUAUCUUGAGCCCCACCAGGCCAAAGAUAACAGUGCCUGCCUUAGUCUGAGCAAACAUCAUACAGUAGUGCCCUCAGACUGCAAUGCCUACAUCUACUUGUGCCAUGAGGGUGAAACUCAGGUGCCGUCAGCUGGAGAGUGUUGCCACUCGCAUUUUGUUGACCCGCUUACAGGCUUGCUAGUCAGAAACAACAGCUAUAGUCACAGCUACAGUCACAGCAAUUACAUCAGUGAUAAGGUCAUUGACAACCCAAGCAAUGAGGAGAUGAUCAAUCUAUCACCGGCUCCAGGGGGUCCCAUUGUGGCCAAACCGGCAAUUAUAAAGACUGAGGACAGUAGAGAGCAGUAUGUUGACCUUACAUUUAAUGAUACACUAUUCAAAGAGAAGAGGGAGGAUGUAAUCAAAGAAAAUCCCAUCAUGCAAAAACCGAUAGAGCCUAAAAUAGAAGAGGUGACCCUGACAAUGACUAAAACCACUCCGCCUCCUUCAGACAACAUGCAUGUUAUGGUGGCCCUCACAGAUCCACAGUCAGAGUUGAGUCACACUGGCGAUAGCGGUGUUGACAGAGGAGGCUCCAGUGUGAGCCUUGCUGACAUCCUUGACUGCAGUGACGAUGACGAGGACGAUGACAUCACAGAUGAUAUCACUGACGUUACCUCGGGCAUCUUCGUCGAUGAGUCGAGCGAGCUGAACGCUUCUCCUGCCUUCAAGUCGCUACAGAAGCAGGUAGGAACACCUGAUUCCAUGGAUUCCAUGGAUCUGCCAUCUGCAGCCGGGUCUUGUGAAGGCUUCAGCCCUGCGUCCUCCCACCCUUCCAGCUCACCUAAAGCUAUGGACAGUGGCUAUGACACAGAAAACAAUGAGAGCCCUGAGUUUGUACCCAAAGAGCCUCAUGAACCCCGUGAACAACCUCUGGGAAAGCCUACCGUUGAUACAAGCCUAGAGGAGGACAAAGUGCUGGAGCAGCAGGGAGUUGAGGCCGAGGUUGAAGUUGUUCCCACAGAGGGUGAAUCAUCAUCGGGUGAAGAUUUAGCCUCAGGAGCCUCACAGACAGGUGACCACAUCCUUUUACCACUGAGCGAUAAGACUCCAUACAGAGACUCUGCCUACUUCUCAGACUAUGAGAAUGAGAGGCAGUCUAGGGAUGAAGGGGACGAACUGUCAGAGAGAGUAGGAGAUGAACAAAAUGUUGAAAAGGAACAACUCAUGGGAGAAAAGAAGGGUGAGAAAAGGAAGAAUGAAGAGGACGAAGAACUAAAGGACACUGUAGCCAACAAAGACAUAAAACUUGAAAUAAAACACAUAUUAACAGGAGGAACAGGCUCCUCUUCUCCACCAGAGAUGGAAACAUACUUGUCAGAAGAUCAUAGCCAGGAGGAGGUAUUGGGGCUACCUCUGGAACACUCUGACAAUGCUUCAAUAGCAGAAAGUGGGCUGGAUGAAUGGCCAUCUCAGGAAGAGAGCUCAUCUCUUGGAGAUUGGGCAGCAGAGGUGGUUGGGGCCAUGGAAGAAGCUCUUGGUGCCCUAAAUGGAGAUUGCAUCUCCAAUGUCAAGGUAGAGGAGGAGGAUGCAGAAGACAUGAAAAACUCUGUUCAAGAUUUAGAAGCAACAGAAGAGCCAGCGAGCAAGACAGUUCAAAACAGGCCAUCAGGAAUAUCUGGUGAAACCUCUCACAUUUUACCCAAAGAUGAAGUGGCCUUGCAACACACGGCAAGUACCAGACGGUUUUCUUCUUCCUCUCCUCCACCUCCAUCCACCCCUCCCCCUCCGCUCCCGGGAACAGAGGGCCGAGCAUCUCCAGCUGACGGGGAAGAGGCGGAUGAGGAAGACGGUGACACUGAUGACAGUGACGAGUCGGAUGAGGAGCUCCGGACCUAUAGUGUACAGGAACAGAGCGGAGGGGAGGAGAGCGAAGACGAGUGCCACCCAGUGCCCAUUGUGGUGAGUGACGACAGCGAAGCCCACAAACUGCGCAGCCUCCUUAAAAUGCCCACCCUGCUGACAACAGAAAACCUUGAGGAGGAGCUUGAACGCAAGAAGAAGACGGUGUCUUUUUUUGACGAUGUCACCGUCUAUCUGUUCGAUCAGGAAAGCCCAACUAAGGAGUUGGCUGAGCAGGGUUUUCCUUUAGGAUCAGAGGGGCAGACUUCACGGAGCAAAUCCCAAGAAAGGCUUAAUGCCUCAGACGACUCUUCAGAUGGAAACAUCUCAGAGGAGAGUGCAGGGUAUGAAUGGGAGGACGACUUCCCCUUGCUCCCUCUACCCACGUCCUCAGUGGCAUCUGAAUCUCCUCCACCCCGCUCCAGCCCCAAAGCCCCAGACCCCAAACCAGCAGUACAGUACUCCCGCUUCACUGUCUCCCCCUCCAACGUGUCCCGCUUCUCCAUCACUCACAUCUCUGACUCUGAUAUGGACUCCGUUGGCGGAAGCAGCGAGGAUGGGGACAAAGAGUAACGAGAUGUGGAUACUUACUGCCUCUCUGUGACAACGACUUGGCCUGCUAGCAUGACUUCAGAUUUAUUUUUUAAAGUCAGGUUUUAGAAACACAAGACAGUGCCUCUUAUCGCCUGUGGACACUUUUGAAAGGUCCGUCUUACCACAAUGUAGGACUGACCUAAGCUGUUAAGCUGUUAGAAUACUGAAAAGAGUAUGGUUAAUAUAUAAAAUUUACAGAAUAUUAAUAUAUACUAUGUAUGAUGUAAAGAAUAUAUGAAAGCAGGGGAAACUUGUAUGUUGAAUUCUGCAUAUUUUUCAGAUCAAAGAGACAAAAUGGAAGGACAGACCUUUGGAAAGCAUCACAUUUGACACCUCUUUCACUUCUUAAUUUAUAAUUGGUAGCAUUCAUAAGAGUGUGGAACCACCUGGACUUGAUAGAAAUAGGAUCUGUCUCAAACUGUCGCUGAGUAAAAGACACAAAUUUCAACUUUUUGGCUUCUCAACAAAGGAUCAGCACCUUGAACAAGACUGUACAGCUCCACAGACUUUGUACUUUUUAGAAAACUGCUUUACUUGUCUUAAAGAAUAUCAACGAGAAUCCUUGAGGUAUCGUAAGUAAUAUAAUGUUAAUGUUUGGGUUCAUUCAGAGACAGACUGGUGUGAAAGAAGGAAGCAAAGGGAAUUUUAAUGGAUCAUGUUUGGUUAUAGAAUGUUUUUUUGUGGAAACAGUUGAUCGAACAUGGACAAACCUGAUAUUUUUUUUCUUUUUUUGUAUCAGGACCACUACUGUACUGUUUUACAUAAAUAUGUGGCUCAUUCCCUCCACCAAAUUGAGUGCCAGCACCACCAUCACAACUGACCCUCUUUGUUGUAAACAUCAGGCACAACAUAGGCAUGAAGGAAGUCAUUUCAGUUUGAACUCUUAUAAAAGGUUUAAUAGGGUUUUUCAAAUAUAGCGAUGCAUGGUUUUAAGUAACUAGAAACAGUUAUCUAUAAGAAUUUAUUACUUAAGAAACAAAAAGGGACAGAUAUUUGUUUUCUGUUUUGGAGUAGUGACAGGCAUGGUCAUGGAAAUCCAUUUUCAUGUUACAGGUCCAAAACAAAUAGACAGCAAAAGGAGACAUUCAGGAUUUGGACUGCGGCAAAGACCCUAGAUCUCUAAUAAUGACAUGGUCCAAUAGGGGUGGGCAAUAUAGAUGAACUCCUCAUCACAAUUGCAAUAAUGGAAUACAUCUUGAUAAAGUGCUUUUCCUGAACUUCAUUUAAGACACAGUUAACAGAUAAAAGUUAAAUACCUAACAAAUAAACGUCUUCAUCACAUUGAUGCAAACAUCCAGUAAAUCCAAUGUUGCCAAAAAGCAGUAAUGCUCUUUGAUUUGCUACAAUAUUCACAACAGCCAAGUAGAACCAGAGAUAUUAAAGGUAUAGACACCUUGGUUUUAUUGUCAGUGUGUAUCAUCAUAUUGCCCAACCCUACAGGACAAUAUAUUAACAGUAUUAAAAAGGCUGUUAAAUUAUAUUUUUGUCUGCACAGAGGUUAGUCUGCAUAUGUAAAUCAGCACAUUAUACAUGCAGUAUUUCUUAGCUUCUGCCCAUUUCUACAGUUAUCUGUUUGUAAGUGAAAUGAGAACAGCUGCCUGACUUUACUGUUACUGUCACUUGCUGUAUAUUGGCUACACUGAGCUUGUUUGGAGCAGUUUUGUACGAUGAUUCAGUUAUCAGAAGCUGAACUGUUGAACAUUUUCAGAUUCGCAAGAAAAAAAAAAGUUUGUUCUAACUCAUUAGAAUUUGGGUUAUUUACAUAAAAAUCAGGAAAACAAAUCUGAGAACAGAAUGAGUUUUUCUAGCACUUAAAAGCUUGGGUGAAAUAUAUAUUAAAAAAAAACUUGUUGAGCCGUGUUGCUUUUACGUGGGACAGGUCAAUUCAGUGUUAAGUCUUAUUUGUCUGAUCAGCUGGUAGAACGGCAGUAGAGGGCUGAUGUCAUGAUCAUGAAAUGUUAUAAGGCUUUGCUUUCUGUGAGUGUAAAAUGUAAGGAAGUGAAAUGGAAGGUGUGGUUGCGGAGCUGUCGGUUGGGCUUCUGUUUCAAAGCUGUCGGCUCUGGAGCCUCAAAGAAGCAGGAUGCCACCUUUCGAAGCACCCUAUGUAGUGUCUUCUAAGUGUUUGUUUGCCUUCCAGGGCUUUAAUAUUCUGUAACAGUUUAGCAUAGAACCAUCUAGACAGCUGUCCGUAAUAUUUUUGUAUCUCGACUCGAAAUACUUUUAAGAGUAUUGAUGUACUGUACCUGUGAAGGAGGGGAGGGUUGGAAAAUAUGUCUCUUAUGUUUAUUGUUGCCAAAGAGAUGUUGUGUUGUGGUCCAGGGGCAACAGUUGGUGUUGUUUUUACCCCAAAAUGGAGAUAGAGGAGGGACAUUACUGCAGCUUUAGCCUGGUUGGAAAAAACGUGCAGGUGAAGUUUUGGUUUGAGAUACUGGUGGUAACAUGUGCCCCCACAUUGACCUGGUCACAUCAUUACUUUCUGUACCUUCUAUCAAAUAUAAAUAAAGUCUGUUUUACACAUCUUAA